AUGGCACAGGUGAGGAACAAGCAAGUGCUUCUGCGGGACCAUGUCACCGGUUUUCCAAAAGAAUCCGACAUGAACAUUGUUGAAAGUACCAUAACAUUGAAGCUUCCACAAGGUUCCAAUGAUGUCCUGCUCAAAAAUCUUUACUUGUCCUGUGACCCUUACAUGAGGAAUCUCAUGAACAAACCUGAAGGACCCCCCAAUAGUCGUGCGUACACUCCUGGAUCC